GGGAGCGCGAGAGGAGGGAGGGAGCUGGCGGGCGGGCCAGGCCCGCCUACCUGCGGAGUGGAGCCGAGCUGAGCGGAGCGGAGCGCGGCGGGAGCCUCGGGGCCGGUGUCUCGAGUAAGAGCUGUGCUGAGCUGAAGGGCAGGCCUGGCCAGCCCCCUACUGUGUGCACACAGCAAGAGGAAGAGCCGAGACUAGGAAGAAAACAGCUGGCAACGAAUCGGUCUUCUAGGCUCUUUGAAAACAGGGACUGUCUUCACCAUUGUGUCCCUAGCAGAGCUGCUGGCACAUGGUAGGGAACAACAAAUCAUUUCAAGUUCAAGACAUCUUAGACUAAGAAACUUUCAACUGUGCUGAAAAACUUAGGAGAUGGACAAAUUUUCCUUCCCUCUCAUUUGAAAGAUUUUAAAGAAGAAAUAAAAUGGCAGAGGUUUAAAGUUAAUAUUUCAGGAUGAAUGAUGAUAAUUCAGAUGACAAGACAGAAGAGGAACUGCAGUCCUUAUUUAUCAGUGAUAAAAAUGGAAACACAUACGCAUACAACCAAAAAUCACCAUGUACCCAAAACUCUUCAACCAAUAAUGUGAGUUGGAAUUCUGCCAACCCAGAUGACAUGGUGGUUGAUUAUGAAACCAACUCUGCUGUGGUCAUUGGUGAAAAUAUUUCUUUAAACCCUCAGUGUGUUGAAGUACUUGAACACCAAAAGUCUUCAAGUGAUUUUGUUAGUAAGGAGAUGUUAGAUAUGCACAAGGAUUCCACAUGUCUGUCUUUUGCACAUGUUGUAAAUACAGAGGAACCCAAAGAUUUGCAUAGCAGUUGUCAUUCCCUAGAAUCAUUUCAGGACCAGAGCGUUGAGACCUCUCUGCCUUUUGUGUGGAAUCCUAACGAUGAUGAUUUGAACUGUACAGAAAACCCUACUGCCUUGGCGCUAAACCAGACAUUUGACAUGAAAGUGGAUAAUUGUAACUGUACCUUCAUAACACAUGACACCACCGGAAAGAGUCAGUCUUUGCCUACCACUGCAAGCCUGCAGCCAACCAGUGUGAGAAGUAGAAAUACAUCUUCAUCCUGUUCCAUUCCUCCAUCUUCCCAUUCUGAUAAGACAUAUGCGAGAGAAAUGAGUUAUGAUAGAGACAGCUUCGAAAACCCUCAAGCUACAGCAUCACAGGCCCAAGACACAACUUACACAGCAUUUUCUGACAUGGUGAUGCAAACUGAUGUUGUUCUUCCAGAUACUGCAAAUCACUGUCACUGUUCUUCGGGAAAGGUCACCAGUGAGUACCCAGAUGGGGCACAGCAAAGAUUAGGCGGAGAAAAGGAGAUACAAGCUCUAACACCAGUUUCUCAUGGUAUGGACGUUCCCAAUGGGUCUGUAUUACAAGAGUUCUUUUGUUCGUCUAAAGAUGAACCAAAUAGUGAGAGACAUUCACAGAGCUCAUAUGGGCAAAAGGAAGUGGGCCAAAAUGUAAGAGAAACAGUGUCCAAUUGUCUUACAGAUGAUGAAUGCCCUUUACUGGUGCCAGCUUUUGAAAAAAGCAAAACCCAAGUGCUGGACCCAGAACAUCAAGUCACUGUGGCUAAAGACACACCAGUUGCCUCUAAUGAAAAGGAUUUGGGAACCCGAAAUCAUACCGUAGAAUUGAUACCGAAUAGCCCGCCAGGACAAAAGGUGGCUUCAUCAUUUGAACUGACUUGGGAUGCAGAUGAUAUGGUCAUUAGUACAAAUAACAUAGUUUGCAUGUCCACGCCAGUCCUAGAACCCACAAACGCAACCUUUUCUAUCUCACCUAUCGAAGGGACGGAGAAAUGGAGUAAAGUGCAGAAGAGUAAUCGAGAGCUUAGACGUUUACCAAACUUGAAGGGGGCACCGAUGAACAUGUCUAAACCUAAUCUAGGAAAAUCAACCUCCAAAACGAAUAGCCCCCUAGGCAGCAAAGUUAGAAAAACUGAAAUUAUAAGUUACCCAAGACCAAACUUCAAGAAUGUCAAAGCAAAAGUUGUAUCCAGACCAGUGCUACAGUCCAAGGACCCUGCUCUAUCAAAGGCUGCGCCCCGACCUCAGUUAACUGGGGCCUCCUCACCCUCACCCGUGUCUUCCUCAAGACCGUCGACAGCUUUGAGAAGAACACCAACAUCUGACUUGAAUGCAGACACAAAAGCAGAAAUCCUAAUUAACAAGACACAUAAGCAGCAAUUUAAUAAACUCAUUACAAGCCAGGCUGUGCAUGUUACAACUCACUCUAAAAAUGCUUCACACAAAGUUCUAAGAACAACAUCUGCCAUGAAAUCGAAUCAGGAAGAUGUUGACAAAGCAAGUUCUUCCAAUUCAGCGUGUGAGACUGGGUCCGUGGCUGCAGUUUUUCAGAAGAUCAAAGGUGAACUCCCUAUUAAAAUGGAAAGCACAGAAUGUUUGCAAAUGUCCUAUACUUCCAACAUCGAUAGGAUUAGCCCUGAAAACAAGGGUGAAAAAGAAAAUGGAACACCGAUGGCAAAACAAGAGCUAAAAAAGGAAAUUAUGAAUGAGACCUUUGACUAUGGUUCUCUGUUUUUGGGUUCUGCUUCAAAAACUGCAACCAUCUCAGGUAGGAGUCUAGCCAAGCCCAACUGCUCCAUUUUGAGGAAAACACCUGGUCCGAAAGCCAAAGUGGGGCCUUCUGUUUCCUGUUUGAGGCGGAAUAGUGACAGUAGGAAUCUCAACUCUGAGCGAGCCGUAUCUCCCCAGAGGAUAAGGCGUGUGUCCAGUUCUGGAAAACCUGCAUCCUUGAAAACUGCACCGCCGUCCUGGGUGAAUUUGCCUAGACCGCUUCCUAAAUCCAAAGCAUCUCUGAAAAGUUCUGCGCUGUGGAGGACGGGAAGCACCUCCUCUGUUGCCAGCACCCACACUGAUCUGAGCACUUACAGCAAUAACUCUGGUAAUAACGCUGUCAUCAAAUAUGAGGAAAAACCUCCAAAACCAGCAUUUCAGAAUGGUUCCUCAGGAUCCUUAUAUUUGAAGCCUUUGGUACCCCGAGCUCAUGCACACUUACUAAAAACUCCUCCAAAAGGUCCUUCAAGAAAAGGUCUACAUACAGCUUUGAAUGCGGUUGAAAAGGGCAGACAGAAGAGUCCCAGAAGUUUAUGUAUCCAGACCCAGACAUCUCCAGAUGUGCUCUCCUCAGAAAAAACACUUGAGUUGGCUCAGUAUAAAACAAAAUGUGAAAACCAAAGUGGAUUUAUCUUGCAGCUCAAGCAGCUUCUUUCCCGUGGUAAUACCAAGUUUGAAGCAUUAACAGUUGUGAUUCAGCACCUACUGUCUGAGCGGGAGGAAGCCCUGAAACAACACAAAACCCUAUCUCAAGAGCUUGUUAACCUCCGGGGAGAGCUAGUCACUGCUUCAACUACCUGUGAGAAGUUAGAAAAAGCCAGGAAUGAGUUGCAAAUAGCUUAUGAAGGAUUUGUCCAGAAGCUAAAUCAGCAGCACCAGACUGAUAUAACAGAGCUGGAGAAUCGGCUUAAAGAAUUUUACACCGGGGAGUGUGAAAAGCUUCAGAAUAUCUACAUCGAAGAAGCAGAGAAGUACAAAACUCAGUUACAGGAGCAGUUUGACAACUUAAGUGCUGCCCAUGAAACCUCAAAGUUGGAAAUUGAAGCAAGCCACUCAGAGAAAAUAGACUUGCUAAAGAAGGCCUAUGAAACCUCCCUUUCAGAGAUCAAGAAAAGCCAUGAAAUGGAAAAGAAGUCACUUGAGGAUUUGCUUUACGAGAAGCAGGAAUCACUGGAGAAACAAAUCAAUGGUUUGAAGAGUGAAAAUGACACUUUAAAUGAAAAGUUGAAAUCAGAAGAACAAAAAAGAGUAUCAAGAGAGAAAGCAAAUUUAAAAAACCCUCAGAUCAUGUAUCUGGAGCAAGAAUUAGAAAGCCUGAAAGCUGUUUUAGAGAUCAAGAAUGAGAAGCUGCACCAACAGGACAUCAAGUUAAUGAAAAUGGAGAAACUGGUGGACAACAACACAGCACUGGUGGACAAACUGAAGCGGUUCCAGCAGGAGAAUGAAGAACUAAAAGCGCGGAUGGACAAGCACAUGGCAAUUUCAAGGCAACUUUCCACGGAGCAGGCUGUCUUGCAAGAGUCGCUGGAGAAGGAGUCCAAAGUCAACAAGCGCCUCUCCAUGGAGAACGAGGAGCUGCUGUGGAAGCUGCACAACGGGGACCUGUGCAGCCCCAAGAGGUCCCCCACGUCGCCUGCCAUCCCCUUCCAGUCGCCGCGGAACUCCGGCUCCUUCCCCAGCCCCAGCAUCUCCCCAGAUGACCUUCCUGGGAGCUGGAGACAGACUGCGUUUCUGCAGUACUGACCCACCCACAAUCGUGGCAGGGAGGUGCUGAAGCCACCUUCGCUGACACGCACAGCCUGCCCUAGAACUGGAAAGUCAUGGCCCGAACCGGCCCCUUCCAGACAAGCCCAGAACUCUGGAGGAAGGCUUCCGACUCGGUCCGGGAGACCCCUCCCCCAGCGAUGCCGUCGGAAUGGGUCUCCAUGGACGCCGUUGCACAAAGCACUUACGGAACGAGAAGAUCUUGUUCGUUGCCUUUUUCACCUACGCGGAAAGGGGAAAACUCUCAGGGGCCUGUUAAGAUGAUAAAGAUUUAUAUAACCUUUGUAACGUUC